AUGGAAACCGUGGAUACCGAUAUCCUGAUUAUUGGAGGAGGAAUUGGGGGUCUUACUUUGGCUGCGAUCUGCCAGCAGCUGGGCAUUCAUUGCAGAGUUCUCGAACGGACACCGACACUGAAGCCAGUUGGGGCAGGUAUCUCUCUUGCCCCCAACGCUCUGCGGCUGCUCGAUCAGCUCGGUCUGUACCCGGAGCUCCUGGCAAUGGGCCAAAAAGUUCACAAGAUUCAGAUCAACCGUAAUCAAGAAAGGUGGAAUACCCUGGAUUGGACUCUAGUCGAGCAGAAUUUCGGAUACCCAAUCCUUUCCAUGGAGCGCCAUGCUUUCCAUCGUCUGUUGUACCGUGUGGCUGGCGGAGGAAAGACAGUCGUGAUGGACUGCAAGGUGCAGGAUAUUAUUGAUGAUCCAGCCGAGAAUUUUGUAACAGUGGUUACCAACAGUGGCAAACAGCUACGAGGGCGUCUUGUUGUUGGAGCAGAUGGGAUUCGCUCUAUAACACGUCGUAUCCUUGCCGGCAAAGCCAACGACAAGACGGCUAAUACAAUUCGUUACACUGGGAGAGUGCAUAUGUCAGGCAUCACAAGCCCCCUAUCGCACCUAGGAGAGAAUGAAAAGGGAGUAGCCAACUGGAUGCUCUACGAUGACUCAAUCCUGACAACCUGGUCUUGUCCGGACAAUAGACAGUGGUUUAUUGGAGCCAAGAUGGCGACUGACAUUUCGACCCCGAAGGAUAAGAAUAGGUCGGUCUGGGCUGGUACAACCCCCGAGACGGUAAAAGAGGCAUAUGGAAAUGAAGUUCAUCCUUUUUCCAAGAACGGCAAGCUAGGGGAUAUUGUGGAUGAGUCGGAGAGAGUUUUAGCCAGUGACGUUUUCGAGGAGGUUGCAUUUCCAUCCAUGGCUAAAGGAAGAGUUGCCCUACUAGGUGAUGCUGCCCAUAGUAUGACCUCGUUUUUUGGACAGGGUGGAUGCCAAGCCAUCGAAGAUGCAGCCGUUUUGGCAGACCUAAUUCAAGAGCAAGUCUUGAGCCCGGGCAUUGGCUUUUCCAAGCUCACUCACCAGGAAAUUCUCAUCUAA